CACAUGCACUUCUUUUGUUUUUGUCAUGCACUUCCCACUGCCUCUUGCAUCCUUUUUUUUUCUGUUAUUAAGAACAUCUUGUUGGAUGGACAUUAGUUGGAUAUGUAAAUUCUUUAACCAACCAAAAUGUUUUACUCAACUCUUGUAUAUAGAAUGACACCAGGCAUUCAUGGUAGGCUUGAAAUCUCUUUGUGGAGAUGCAUAUUUCUUCUUCUUUGUUGCAUGUCACAGGCUGCAAGAAUGACACCAACCGUGCUGUAAUGAAGUUACAUUCCCAUCGUUGAUAGGUUCAUCAAAGACGAGCUAGCAACGAUGCAGACUUUCCUGGUGGCAACUGAAGGUAUGAAGAAGAAAGACAUGCUACUUAAGGUGUGGGCAGAACAAGUAAGGGAGCUGUCAUACAACAUUGAAGAUUGACUUGGUGAAUUCAUGGUGCAUGUGGCAAGUCAAAGCUUGUCACGGAAACUUAUGAAGCUCAAGGACCGACAUCAAAUCGCGGUGCAAAUCCGCGAUCUCAAAUCACGAGUUGAAGAAGUCAGCAACAGGAACAGAUGCUACAACCUGAUUGAGAAGAGCCAAAUUACCAGAACCAUUGAUGAGAGGGAUUCUUGUAUGGAAGAUAUUCGCAACCAUUCAGCUAGCAACAUAAAUGAAGCAGGACUUGUGGGGUUUUCCAAGCCCAAACAAGAGUUGAUAAAGCUUAUAGAUGUUCAUGCCGAAAAUGGUCCUGCUCAGGUAGUAUGUGUCGUCGGCAUGGGCGGUUUGGGUAAGACUACUCUUACAAGGAAGGUUUAUGAAAGUAUGGAGAACUUCUAUUGUUGUGCUUGGAUCAUUGUCUCGCAAUCAUUUGUCAAGAUGGAGCUUCUCAAGGUUAUGAUCAAAAUCUUUUUUGGCAAUGAAGCAUUGAAGAAGCAACUUGAAGGUAAUGUAGCGCGAGAAGAGGACCUUGCCAACUAUCUGAGGAAAGAGCUGCUUGAAAAGACGUACUUUGUUGUACUUGACGAUUUGUGGAACAUAGAUGAUUGGAACUGGAUAAAAAAUAUUGCUUUUCCGAGUAGUAACAACAAAGGUAGUCGGAUAAUAGUAACAACACGAGAUGUUGGUUUAGCUAAGAAGUGCUCGUUGGAAUCUGCCAUACCACUUAUCUACCACCAUCAACCCCUAGAAACAAAUGAUGCCAUAUACUUGCUACUAAUAAGGAAGGCUAGGAGAAGUGAGAAGGACAUGGAAAAUGAUGUGAAAAUGAGGGAAAUAGUUACCAAGAUAGUCAAAAAGUCAGGACUGUUACCACUAGCUAUUCUCACAAUAGGAGGCAUGCUUGCCACUAGAGAGGUUAGUGAAUGGCAAAGUAUUUACGACCAGAUCCCCUUAGAACUAGAGAGCGACCGAAGUCUUGAAGCAAUGAGGAGGAUGGUUACCCUGAGUUACAACCACUUGCCUUCUCAUCUUAAGUCGUGUUUUCUGUAUUUAAGCAUAUUUCCUGAGGAUUUUGAAAUCCAAAGGAGACGUCUCGUAGAAAGAUGGAUAGCCGAGGGGUUUGUUAUUGUCAGGGAUGGGGUAAGUGCUGAGGAGGUUGGGAAUAGUUACUUUAAUGCUCUAAUCAACAAAAGCAUGAUUCAGCCAUCAAGAGUGAACAUAGAAGGAGUUGUGAAGAGCUGUCGAGUCCAUGAUAUUGUGCGUGAUGUCAUGAUCUCAGUUUCUAGAGAUGAAAAUUUCGUGUAUGUGGAGGGAAAUAAUGUAACUGGUCCUAUGGAUAUUCACAUAUUUAUAAACUUCCUAGAUCCAUAGGGAGAUUACAAGGACUACGCACUUUGAACAUUAGAGACAGUUAUAUUACAGAACUGCCAAUUGAGAUUUGUAAACUGAAGAGUCUACACAGUCUCCGUUGUACCACAAAUGGUUCCUACAAAUACUUUGACUUGGGUCGCCCCAAGAAUUGCUUGCUGGCCACAUUUAUUGUGCCCAUGCUGUUCACACCUUUGGUUGAUUCUAUUGAGCGCACGAAGAUAGUUGCUGAGCUACACAAGGCCUGUUCUAGCUGUGGGUCCGAGUCUAAAGGUGUGAGGGUGCCAAAAGGAAUCGGCAAACUGAAAGAGCUGCAAAUACUAGAGGUCGUGGACAUCAGCCGAACUAGUUGCAAAGCAAUUAAAGAGCUAGGUGAGCUUGUGCAGCUGAGAAACCUGAGCGUGGCAACAGAUGGGGCCACCAAGCAGAAAUGCAAGGUACUCUGUGACGCCAUUAAGAAGCUCACUUGCCUCCGGUCCCUUGAAGUGGAUGGUUCACUCGACGGGGUGCAUGAUGUUUGAGCUCCUCCUCCCAUGUUGAGGAGCCUGAAGUUGGAUGGAUGCCUUGGAGAGAUUCCUGGCUGGGUUGGCAAUCUGAUGCAUUUGGUCAAGCUUUACUUAUGGCGCAGCAAAAUAAAGGAAGAAGGUAAAAUCAUGGAAAUAUUAGGGACACUUCCCAACCUCAUGCAACUUCGUCUUGAACAUGGCUCUUAUAUUGGGGAGAAGUUGGCGUUCAAAACGAGAGCAUUCCCAAAUCUCAAGAAGUUUGGUAUUUAUGCUCUGGCGGAACUGAGAGAGGUGAGAUUUGAGGAUGGCACCUCACCCCAGCUGGCAAUGAUAGAUAUCAGUUGGUGCAAUUUGGCAUCAGGAAUUAUUGGAGUCAACCAGCUUCCAAAGCUCAAGCAGAUCUCACUUGGUUCCUAUGGUCGAGUGGCAAAGCUUGCUAUGCUUCAUCCCAUUGUCGACAGUUACAAGAUGGGACCCGACUUCAACAGAGGCUAGACGGUUUCUCCAUUCGGCCGAACAUCAUGGUGGUAUUUACUUCAAAAAACCAGUGGUAGACUGUUUAAUGGUCUGAAUUCAUUCCAGAAAUUCAGUGAUGGUGGCACUGAGUACGGACACAUGUGCAAGCUGAGGCAGAAUCAAUGGCUGGCAGAAGGUCGUCGUUCCAUGUAGCCUCUUUGAUGCUCGAGUUCGGCAUGAGUGAUGCCGUCAACCCUGGAACGUGAGCAUUAAGAGAUGAUGUGUUGUACACGUACAAUUCAGGCUGAUGCUAGUAGCUGGUCGUUUCCCUGGCUCUGAUCUUCAUCUGUACCUGGCACUUGCCUCGGAGUCUUCACCAUGCUGGCUCAGCUCUCCCUCUGCUUGUUUGAUUCCAUCUGGGUUAUGAAGUGAAGUUUUAAACUGGGGGACCCCUUUGGAGUUCGCAAUGGCUCGACGACCAUACGGAUUUGAAGUGUGUCACCGGUGACGGGAACAUACUGAUAAAUGGGCAGAAGAAGAGCAAGAUCCAAUAGAGUACGUGUACGGAUGAUGCAGCAUUAAUCUGCAAUGUUCAUCCUACUAUAGUACUAUCCAUAAUUAUAAAGAUUCAGCUGGGGAGAAGAAGAGGCCGAAUUGUUUCUCUGUGUUCUCUACUUCUCUCUCUGCGUACUUUGUGAUCUCUGACGUUUUAAACUCCGGCGACCAUGGAGCAAAUUACAACUUUAUUUCCAGAGCUCUGACACGACCGAUCGAGGGUUUAAAAUUGACACCUGCUGGGUGGCCCAGGUCCCUUUCGUAGAAGGUGAUCGGUUCUUCACCAUGCAAUUGAUCAAGUUGAUGUCAAAUUUAAUUUUCAUUUGGACACCAACAGAUUCCAGUCCAUGAAACAUCAGGUGGCCACAUCUCGCAGCAUUCACCGGAUCAUUGCAUCAUCUGAUCCGACUAUAUACGUACACUUGUUCAAUUUGUUACUGCCACUAUGGUCUGUAGUUCUUUGUAAAUGAAGAAUUAGGAGAGAUGCAAGCCGAUGGAACUCGUGCACUAGCCGGAUAUGGCUCGCUCCGUUCCAUGUGUAACAUCAUAUCGACAUACCACCAGCUAUCUAGCUUUUGCUAGUUUCAGUUUGCAAUAAAAUUGCAGUUUCCACA